AUGAACCUUGCUCGAUCUGCUGCUCUUGUAGCCAUGCUGCUAUCUGUGGUCGAAGGACAGAUUUGUAAAUGGGGGGCACCAUUCGGCUGUCCUAAUAGAGAUAAGGUUUGUGCAUAAAAUAUAACAUGCAUAUAAGUUUUUGCUUAACAGUUCUCACAUUCAAGACGACCGGGUUGCUCCAAGGCAAUCAAACGAAUUCGAAGAGAAAGAUACUUAGCUGAAGCCUUCACCAAAAAUGGCAUCUCUGUAAAACAAAAAUCGGGAAUAUAUGCUUUACUAGAAUAGCACAAUAACUAUAGAUAAAAAUUCGCAAAAUAUCUUCGCGAAAAAAUUGUUACUUGUACCUUUACAUACAGUGUUUAAAAUACCUUCCAUUCCGGUAAUAAUAUAACAAUGCCAUUGAUGUUUUAUUAACACGACUGAAACACUGCUUGGAAACUUGUAAAAAUUUGCACCGUUUGUUUCAUCACGUUUGGCUAAUGAAAAAUAAAAUGACAUGUGCAGCGCUACGGACGGCUCUAGAGCGAGCAUGCAUAAUCAUUUUCCCAUUCUAUAAAUGACAAAUUGGAACGCUCGAGCAAUUAAGGAUUUGUUCCACGUAUGAUGUUCGAAAUUAUCCAAAUUGCGCGAUUCUAAGGUAACUGUCAGAUAUCACGCCUUUUCCUUCUGGAGCGAUUUUUAAUUGCACCAAGCUGUAUUUACUACGACUACCAAUAUAAAUACAAAUUUUGAUUCGAAAUGCGUCUAUUAAUUUUAGACAGUGGGAAUGUCAUUAAUUAGGGGCUUUUAGAUGACUGAAAAAGGGUCAUUAUAAACCGUGCCAACGUUUACGUUAUCUAGCCUUGAGCAGAAGAGAAGUAUAUACACCUUAUUUGAUGGUUUAAACAAUAUACUCGCGGAUAUUUUGUGCGUUGCAUAAUAUCAUUGACAUAACGGUUUUAGUUUUCAUGAAGGACUUUGUUGCUUUACUAACUUUAGUAAGGUUGAAUUAAACUUUGUUUUUGAGAGGAAAAACAUUUUCCGAGAGAACCUACAGUUUGCAAAACUAUCUUAUAUUCUAUAUCUAUGUGCUAAUUCGUCUACAUAUUUUUUUUCUUUGUCUUUCUUAGCCCAGCCAUUACUCCCAUAACGAAAUGGAUUCGAAUCCAAAGCUCGCUGACACAUUUCACAGUCUACGUGUCCCAGAAAGUUCUGACGUGGACAUCACUGAGUAUACGCAGCGCAAUCCAAUGGAUGUCGAAUUCAGAAGUGCAAAGAGCACACAAGGCGCUUACAAAUUCGAAGACAUCAAGACUUAUCUUAACAACUUGUACCAAACUGAGAAAAUGGAGGCAAAGCAUAAAUAA